AUUUCAGUGGAGGGUUUUAUGUGAUACUUCGCUACCAGUCGCACAACGUGUUUUCCACGAUGGUUGUAGAUAUGUGUAUAAACGGGUUGGGAGAGGAUUUAGAAACUUUCAUAGCAAACAAAAGCAAAGAAAACCUCGGGGAAUAUAUAGACGAUAUAUUUGUCCAUAUUGUUGAUUGCCUAAAUGAUUCUUCUAAGAAAUACUCUUAUUGCGUCAAGUUUAUACGUUCAGUAUGUGCAAAGAACCUGUCUGCAUGUUUGGCUGCUGCUAAAAGUCUGGUGUGGGUUCCUAGUGAAAAAAGUUAUGCAUUCAGGCCUCAUAGUGACACCGUUUAUUCCUUUUAUCUAUUCAGUGAAGUUAUUUCUUUCUGUCUUGAUGAUUCAGUGGAGUUGGUAGAUUCAGAUAUAGUUGAUGUUUGGUGUCGCUCUGCUUCGUACAUACUAUUUACAUGUGAAGGUAAAGAUCUUAAAAGGAGUUCGACUGUAUGUUCAAAGUUAUGGAAUCAGAACCGGAGUUUUCUUCUAAGUGUUAUGAAGCAUUUAUCUUCAAUCAGCCCAACAAUAAUUAAUAUGGCUGUUGUCUCUGAGUUGUGUGCCUUCAUCAGUCAUAGUCCAGUUCCUGAAUUUGAAGCUGAGUAUAAAGAUGUAUUUCCAAACCAACUGCUUAAGUCCAUCUUUGAAGGAAAGCAGGAAGUAACAUAUAUUCCCCUGCGACGCUGUUGUUCAAUCUUGAAUGUGUGCUGUGAUAGUACCAGUUUCAAAGUCCUUGUACUUCCAAUCAUAAAUCGUGCCAUACUUCGUUCUCCGGAAAACCAAUUACGUAUUGUAAAUUCUUUGCUCGAAGAUUUAUCUUUUACUUUGGAUCUUUGUGCUAUGGACUUAGCUCAGUCAGUUGUAAAAAAUCUGCACGCUACAUCAGACAUAACCAGAAAGGAUGCUGUAGUGAUGUUGUGUACAAUAUCAAGGAAGUGUUCGGAAGUUGAUACUCUCUCUUCUCUAUGUAAACUUGUUUAUGCACAGUUCGCUGGAUCUGAGGGUAAGAAGGCAAGUCAAGAAUCAAGAUUUGCUGCAAUUACAUGUUUUGGUGAACUUUCUAAAUGUGGUAUAAAACAGAAAUCUAAUUUAGAUCGUGUCGUCACUGUAGCUAUCAACCUACUUUUAGAUUAUUUAGAGCGCGAAACAUAUGAAGAGAUAAUCAUUUAUACUGCUAAACAAUUGGCUGGAUGGAUACAUCGUUUAAAAUCGAGUCCUCCUGAUCGUUUCUUUAAUUUUAUAAAGUCAUAUUCUUUCUCGAAGAAAACAAGUGCAUCUGUCCAUUCGGUUUUGCUUAUGUGCUUGGAUACAACAUUAUCUAACGGUGUAUCUGGCAAUAAAUUGCCGACUGCAAUUAUUCCAAACCUUCUAGAAUCAGUUGAACAAGCAUCUGGUCAACCCUUACACUCAACAGCAAUUCAUAAGUCUGUUAUGGCAUCAUUGAUUUGGUUACGGUAUACACUGUCUAUGACAAAAGUACCUAUUACAGAGGAGUUGUUCAAGUCAAAUAUUAAGUCGUCACCUUUCUGGAAUAUGCUGUUAAAUGUGUCGGGAACCAGUAAUAAGCGUUGUCCGUGGUUUACUGAAAAGUUUCUACAGACUGCACCAUUCUAUGUGCUGUGCGCAGUUGGUCGUCUGUUCAAAUUACUUCUUUCAGAUCUACAUACAUUCAUCCCUGACGAAGUGUUAUGUCUAAUCUACAGAACAUUACUUCUUCUUUGUAUUCAUCCAUUCUAUGAUACUGUACGCCGGUCAAAUCUUGAUAGUAUUAUCGAAUUACUAAGAACUUCUAAUGAAGAACAUCGUUAUCAACUUACUAUCGGAUUUUUAAAACAUCUGCAUAUCCUUCUUAUAAAUUAUCCGAAUAUCUUGCAGUCCACAUCAUCAUCUAGUCUAUUAGUUCUAGGUUCAAGAUUGGUUGCUGAACACCUUUGCUUACAGAUAUGUGAUUUUGUUGGAAUUAAUGUUUGGGAUAAUGUUGUUUAUCCGAAUUCCGAACUACAAACUACUAAACAACCAACUGGUCGUAAUAAAUGUACUGGUUCCUUUUUAUGUAAACUUAUUAACGUUCUGGUUUUACCAUCAUCUUCUACAGUAUCCAAAUGUCAUCGAGUUUCUGAACAGAACACCGAUGCUUCUUCCCCAUUCUGCAUGCGUUACUUAUUUGAUGUGUACAUUUUGAGCGUAUUUUGCACCAGUCACCCUUGUAUUCUUGAUGUCAGGCCUAUGCUAUGGGAACAAUUACAGUCAAAACUCAAGUUUCCUAGAUUAAUAAAUGAAAACUAUAGUAAUUUAUCGGGAAUCACUGACAACUGGUCGAAAAUUGUUGAAUAUUUUAUGAAACAACCGUACAUAAUUCCAGCAGAUCGAUAUGCACUUCAACGACUAGUCAAAUGGUCACCUAUUAGUAUCGGUCAAAAUUUGAUUGAAAAAAUAUAUUUGAAUUUUUGUUCCGAGUCAUUUACCUCAAUUAGUGAAAGAGAUGUUCAAAUUAUGCUGACACCAGAAGGUCAACUUUUCAAUCAUGAACUUCUUGAAAGUCUACCAAAAUAUGAAACUUCUUGGGUUAAUGUUAAACGUGAAAGUAAAUUAUAUUCUUAUGAUUUACAAAUGGAUAUUUUAUCAGCUCAAUUAGAGAAAGUGCAAGAACAUCAUAAACACCAUACAGAAUGUAAUAAUGAUACUACUCCAAUUCUGGAUAAAUUAACCGGUCAGUUAACUGAAAAACAAUUAGAAGUUGUUCGUAGUGAAUUGAAUAAAGAAAAUGAAAUACGAAAAGUUAUUCAAUCGCUUGAUUUAAGAGCAAAACACAUGUGUGAUAUACUCAUUAAUACAUUAAAUGUAUUUAUUUGGCAACCGAAUAAUCAUUCAUUACCUAUUUAUUAUCAAGAAGCUGGACAGAUUAUUAAAUAUUUUUGUACUAAAUUAUCAAUUCUAUUUGUUAAGUUACUGUCAAACCCAUUAAUUUCACCUUAUAUAAUACGAGCUCAUAAUAAAUUUCUUGAAGCAAUUAUGUGUAGUAAAUUCACUAUUCAAGAAUGGGAUUCCAGUUUUAAUCAUGAACUGCAGACUUAUAUACCUAUGAUCUACUGGUGGUCUAUACGAAUUUUAAGACCAGUUAGAUUGAUGCAUUUCAAUCAUAGUCUGUGUAGUUUACUAUUGUCGAAAUACUCUACGACAAAAACAUUCGACCAGUCGGAUCAGUUCAUAACCAAACAAGCUGUAGAAGAUUCUAUUUCAUUAACAAUGUGUUGGUCAUCUCAAUCUAUAGGAGAUCAUACAAAAAGGAUAUUCAGUCUACUUUGUGAUAAGGUACCAAUCCAUAAUUUGAAUACAUCUUUAUUAUUGUCAUUUUUGUCUCCAACUAUUGAUCAUGCAUUUCUACAUUCCUCCUGGAUUCAUACAUUGCCUGAAGAUUUUCUAUCAACAAAGUUUUCACAAAAAUUAGACGAUCAACACUCGAUGGUAAUCGAUUGGAUGAAUGCUGAUUUAAUCAAAGUUUUACUGAAAUCAUUUGAGAGACAUUUUCAAAUUGUUGCUGAUAAUGAUGAACAUUAUCAAAAGAAUUGUGCAAUACAAUGUGAUAGCGUUCUACAUAUUCUCCCAUUAGAUUGUUUUCUCAAAUUUUUGCGCCAAUUAGCUGAUGGUUGUUCGCGAGAUUCUGCCAAUGAUGAAGAUUCAAACGACUUGAAUGAAAAUGAUUUGUCGGAUGAAGUUUCAUUCAAUGAUUCGUUGAAUACUGAUGAUUUGGCCUCACGUAAAUCGAUUGCAUUCACUGCUACAAGUUUGAUGAUGUUAAUUACUGAUUUAUUUGUACAUUAUGUGCAUAGAUUGGAACAUGAUGAAGAGUUCAUUGGUAAAUUAGCCAAUCCAAUAGUUUCCACUCUACUAAAUAGUUUAGUAUCGGAAUCUGAGCAGGCGAGAGAGAUUUCAGCUCGUUGUCUUUACAAGCUGGUCGAACGAAUACCUCGUGUAAUUGAACUAAUUAGACUACAGGAAAAAUCAUCCACACCUGACUCAAAAUCUAUUCAAGAUUCUACUGAGCCUACAGAUAUCGAUAUCACAUUGGUUGAUAAGAAUUUAACAGAAUCUAAUCUCAAGGAUGAAGCGAAUUUCGAUUAUGGUGAGACUGUCAUCCCACCUGAAAAAUCUGGUGAUGGUAAACCCAGAAAAAAAUUGAAUAAAAAUCAAAGACGUAAACAGAAGUUAACUCAGUUAGUUGCAGCUGCUGCGGAAAAGCAUCAAGUCACUGAGCAAAUGUGUACUAAACCAUAUUCUUCUCCAGCUGAUUGGCCAAGAUUAUCCAUUUGGUCUUUUGUACAGGUUCGUAUUUGGAUCAUUCGUAGCGAUCGAUCAACUCAUAUAGCUCAGUUAGCUGAACAAAUAUGGCAUUCACUUCAGUUAGAUACAAAAUGUGAAAAUACAAAGUUAUUUAAUACAAAAAUACAAAACGGUAUAAGAGCACUUUUGGAAAAACCAAAUGAUACUGAUCUGUUGAAUCCAAUGCUCCUUGCUCAACGUCUUCUAUUGGAAGCAACUCGUCCUAAUGUUUCAGUUCAGUUAGGCAUAGCUGAUGCAUUUGCUUUAUGCCUUCUUGAUCGUAAUAAUGAUGAAAUUAGUGUGGCUUUAGAUAUGUUGGUACAUAUGUAUCAUGUCAUGUUACAUCGUGAUCCUGCUGUUCACGAUAGUAUGGGUCGUAUACUUUGUCCUGAGUCACCUGACAGAUGGCGUGAGCGCAUUGGUCUUGCCAUGAUCUUGACACGACUAUCUGAUGCACCUGCUGUCUCAUCACCAUCAUCUACAUCACAAAUAUUAUUUAGGCAAAGUUUAUUGAUUGGUAGUAAUGAAGAAAAAAGUGAAGAUAAUAUCAAUCCUAACGGUUUCGAUACGGAAAAUUUCUCUUCUACUAGUGAUGAUAUGUCAAACCAAUCACCAAUGUGGUUGCUAAAUAUGUUCCGUUUUCUUGUUAGUGAUGGAUUGAAUGAUCGUAAUACAGCAGUACAAUCGGAAAUGCUUCAAGCAGGUUUACGUGCUGUCCGUAAUUUUGGAAAGCAAUAUAUUGGUCAAAUUUUGCCAAUACUUGAAAAUUAUGUAAAUAAAGCUCCGAAUGUCCCUGAAUUAGACUCUGUUCGCCAAUCUAUACUCAUUUUAACUGGUUCGCUAUCUCAACAUUUAGAUACUGCUGAUCCAAGAGUUGGAACUAUUUUUAAUCGUUUGUUGAAUACAUUGAGUUUUCCAUCAGAUUUAGUUCAACAAGCUGUGGAAGACAGCUUAGCAUCACUCAUUGGUAAACUAUCUGAAGAACAAACUGCAAAAACUAUUAAUAAGCUAAUGUCUACUCUGUUAAGUAGUAAUAAUUAUGCUGAACGUCAUGGUGCAGCUCAUGGAAUUGCAGGAAUUGCUCGAGGGUUAGGCAUUACGUCAUUAAAGCACCAUGGAAUUAUUGAUAAAAUUAUGCCAGCGUUGGAUGAUACUAAAGUGGCUAAACGUCGUGAAGGUGCAUUAAUGGCUGUUGAACGACUUUCUCUUGGAAUGGGACGUCUUUUCGAACCAUACGUUGUCCGUCUCAUUACACCUCUAUUGAAUACAUUUGGCGAUACAAAUCCUGGUGUAAGAGAAGCCGCUUCAAAUGCUGCACGAGCGGUUAUGAGUAAAUUAAGUGCACAUGGUGUGAAAUUAAUAUUACCAGCACUACUUAAAGCUAUCGAUGAUCAACAGUCUUGGCGUACAAAAGCCGAGGCUGUAGAUUUGCUUGCAUCGAUGACGCACUGUGCAUCAAAACAGUUAUCUGCUUGUUUACCUCAAAUAGUUCCCCGAUUACUAGAAGUGUUAGUGGAUUCUCAAGACCGUGUUAAACAAGCUGGUGUUAGAGCAUUGACUCAAAUUGGUAAAGUGAUUCGUAACCCUGAAGUUCAAGCUCUUGUCCCAUUACUUACUAACUGUCUUCAACAGCCAUUGGCAGAUAAAACGCCUUGUUUAGCAGCACUUCGUGAUACAUGUUUUGUGCAUGUUCUUGAUGCACCAAGUCUAGCACUUAUACUACCAGUUAUACAACGAGCAUUCGCUGAUCGAUCUACUGAAACACGUAAAAUGGCUGCACAAAUUUUUGGCAAUUUACACAGUUUGGCCAGAAAAGAGGAGUUAGCACCUUAUGUAAGUACUAUUCUACCAUUAUUGAAAACAUGUUUGUUGGAUGCUGUCCCUGAAGUACGUUCAGCUGCGGCUGCUGCACUUGGUGCUGUUGUUCGAGGCAUGGGUGAAACUUCUUUCUCUGAACUACUUCCAUGGCUUAUGUCAACUCUAACAUCGGAAACAUCAUCUGUUGAUCGUUCUGGUGGUGCUCAAGGAUUGGCUGAAGUACUUGGCGGUAUGGGAAUCGAAAAGUUACGUGUUGUUUUACCCGAUUUAAUUAGAACAGUUUCAUCUGAAUCUAAAUUACAACCACAUAUUCGUGAUGGUUAUUUAAUGCUAUUCAUUUAUUUACCAACUGUAUUUCAAGAUGAUUUUGCUGAAUUCAUUGGACCAAUUAUCCCUACUAUUCUUAAAUCAUUAUCUGAUGAAACUGAAUUUCUACGUGAAACAGCAUUACGUGCAGCUCAACGUAUAGUCCAUAUGUUUUCAGAAACAUCAUUAGAAUUAUUAUUGCCUCAAUUAGAACAAGGAAUGACUGAUUCCAAUUGGCGCAUACGACAUUCAUCUGUUCAAUUGUUAGGUGAAUUAUUAUAUCGUUUAUCUGGAUUAUCUGGUAAAGGAACUACAAAAACAACAAAUGAAGAUGAUACAUUUGGUACGGUUGAAGCUCAUGAACGUCUACGUGAAAUUAUAGGUGAUGAACGUCAUAAUCGUAUACUAGCUCGUUUACAUUUAUCACGUUCUGAUCCUAUAAUCAUUGUCCGUCAAUCUGCUAUACAUAUAUGGAAAAUUGUUGUACCUAAUACUCCAAGAACUUUACGUGAAAUUAUGCCUGUACUUGUUCGUCUAUUAUUGGAUACUUUAGGAUCAUCGUCUCGUGAGCAUCAACAAAUUGCCGCUCGUGCACUUGGUGAUGUGGUACGCAAAUUAGGUGAAAGAAUCCUACCGGAGAUUAUUCCACUAUUAGUAACCGGCUUAGACUCUCCAGAUGCUGACCAACGACGUGGUGUCUGUACUGGAUUAAUUGAAAUUAUUCGCAGUUGUCAGUCUGAUCUGCUAUCAAAUUAUGCCGACAGCUUAUUAGAUCCUAUUCGACGUACUUUAUGCGAUCCACUUGUUGAAGUGCGUCGUAACGGUGGCAAGACAUUUGAAUUAUUAUAUACUGCUAUUGGUAUACGCUCACUUGAUGGUAUUCUACCAGAUCUACUUGCUCAAUUAGAUGAUCCAGAAACUAGCCAUUAUGCGUUAGAUGGUAUAAAACAAUUAUUAGCUGUUAAAGGCAAAGCUGUUAUGCCAUAUUUAGUCCCUAAACUAACUCAUCCAGUGGUCAAUGUGAAAGCAUUUGCUUAUCUUGCGUCAGUAGCUGGAGAAGCUCUUACAAAACAACUUGGUCGAAUCUUACCUGCACUUCUACAAACUGUAUCAUUGAUGUCUGAGUCUGAUUAUAAUCAGAACAAUGAAAAUAAGGAUAUUGAAGAGGAAACAGAAAACGAGGAUUUAGAGCAUUGUGCUGCUGUCCUUGUAUGCAUUUAUGAAGCCACAGGAAUCCGUCAAAUUUUGAAUGAAUUAUUAUCUGGUUUGUCAACCACUGUAACAAUUGACGAAACCACAAAUAACACCACUACACAAAACAAACUUGUUCUCGGCUCUAGUGCAUAUCGACUUGCCUGUUUACGGUUACUACGUGCCUAUCUUGAGGCUAGUUUUCAAGAUUCUUCUGAUUUUGUAACGUCCAUUGUGAAAUCCAAUGUAAACAACAAAUCUUCCGAUGAAGAUGAAACUGAUGAAUCUGACGUUGACGAUGAUGAUCUCGAAGAUGAAGAGGCAUCUGAUGACGGCUCGUUUAAUUCCGAUGAAGAUUAUAGUGACGAAGAUGAUAUGGACAAAGAUGAUGACGACAGUUAUGAUGAUGACGAUGAUGAUGAGAUGGAGGAAAAUCCUGAUGCUAAAGAAGUUAUAAGUCGAGUGUUGAAUGAAUCAUAUCCACUUGCUCUUCGUAAUAUUUGUCGUCUUUUAGCUUCUACUGACAAAACUAUUUUAUCGGAAGCAUGGAAAUGUUUAGAAACACUUUUCAAACGUUGGAACCCUGAAACAAUUACUUCCCAAAUUGGUGAUUUGCGUCAAGGUAUUCGUGGUGCUAUAUCAGAAAUGAACAAGUUAGCAGCUGCUAAUAAAAAUGAAGGUCAAAAAUAUUUGCCUGGGUUUUCAGAUCCUACUUUACCACUUGUUAGUUUAGUUAAAUUAUAUGCUGAGUGUACACUCCGUGGGCGUCCCGCAAUUAAAGAACCUUCAGCACAAGGAUUAUCAGAAUGCAUAAUUCAUGCGAAUGGGACAGCACUUCAAGGUUGCGUUAUCAAAGUUAUUGGGCCUCUCAUCCGUUUACUGGGUGAGCGUCAGACGAAUGUUGUUCGUGUUGCUGUGUUGCAGUCUCUUACUUCGCUUGUUAAUAAGUGCCCACAAUCUGUUCGUCCAUUUGUUACACAACUUCAGUCAACCUUCUUAAAAUGUCUUGGAGACUCACAUAAGCAAACGAGAAUACUUGGUGGUGAAGGGUUAUCAUCAAUUGUUCCCAUUACACCUAAACUUGAUCCUUUGUUAAUCGAUCUGGCUAGAGUAUCAUCUCAAACUGUUGUAUCACGUUUUCAUGAUUACUUGGAAGAUACAUCAAGUGAGAUAGAAGAUAUGCUUCCUAAAGCAGGUGUUUCUGCAACUGCACAUACAUUGGCUGGUGUAGCAGCUUUUCCUGAUACUAGUUUACAGGCGUUACGUUUGUGUCUAGAACAUUCCAGAGGUCGUGCUGGACUAACCGCUUUAAAUACUAUACUUCACUCAUUAAUUCCAUUAAUGCGUUUACCAGAGUCUUGUGGUAAUGAAAUUCGAAUUGAAACAAAUCCACACAGAAAUAACAUUGUUGAUGACAAUGAAUAUAAUAGUGAAGAUAAUGAUGAUGAACAAGAAAGUGUCUUAGGAUCAUUUAAUCAAACUAAACAAGUAUUGAUCUCCUCGGAUCAACUGCGUAUUAUAGUUUCUUCAUGUAUAGGAUUUAUUGUUGUUGCUGCACAAGCCACUAUUGACAACCUUCCACAAAGUGACAAUGAGAAAAUACAGAAGAAACUUGAACUUAUUGAUUUAUUUGAACGGAAACUAUGCCUGUCUUCAUUCACCAAACAAGAUGUACAAUGGACAUUUAACCAAAGUCAAGGCAUUGCCCUUCUUAUUCCACUGAAGCAUACACCAAAAAUUUUAAUCAAUUCAGAGACCAUACAGUCAGGUUUUUGUGAACGCCUAGGGCAAUUCAUUAAACAAUUAUCCAUUCAUGAAAAUUCCGUCAUUUGUCAAAUAGGAUACAGAUGUAUUGGAUGCUUUGUCGGUUAUCUAACAGAGAAUCAUGAAGUGAAUUAUAAUCCUAAACUAUUACUGGAGCUACUUGGAAAAGGUUUCGAACAUCCUGUAAUCGAUGUGCGUCUAUUGUCUACAGUUAUAUCCAGUCAUAUUGCAUGGCGUGUAAAAUUGCCAAUUCCUUCUUGGUUAUGUACAUUUUUGAUUAAACUUCUUAGCGGAAUAAAAGAUAAAAAUAGUGCAGUACGACUUGGAAGUGAAACAGCUUUAGCUGUACUCUGUCGUUUAAAUGCUCCAAAGAAUAAAGAUCAAAACCCUAAUUCUGAAUAUUUACAGGCUUGUUACGACCUAUUGGAUAAUAAUACACGUAAUCAACUAGAAACACUUAUACAACAACGCCUUCGUAAACAAAAUUGGUCUGAAGUAUGGCGUCAAGGUUGCCCAGAUAUGGAUAAUACAAUUUGAUUGUAAACUCAUGUUGAACGCCACAAAAUUCAAGCCUUUCCUUGUUUUCUUAUUGUACAAUCUAUUCGAAUAUGUAUUUGAGUUAGUUGUAUUCAUACAUAACUAACUUCAAACAUUCUGUUACCUUGAUUUUCUCGAUAUGUAACAUAUAUAUAUAUGUUAUAUGUAUAUAUAUGCGUGCAUAUAUUUGAUGUUUAUUUUUAGCUUUUAUUGAUUCAAUUUUCAUUAAAAAAAUUUACAGCACAUAUCAUCUUUG